CCCCAGGCUUGUCCCAGCCACCGUCCCCGACGACGCCCCCGCCCGCGAUGCCCUCCCUCCGCCGCACCAUCUCGUCCCCCUCCAUCCGCGCAGCCCGCUCUGCACCCUACCCGUCGAUCGGGAGCGCAGGCGCGACGCGCACGCACGGACACGUCCCCCGACGCACGUCUGGCUCUGAAACGGCCAGCCGACGCGUCUUGGCCGAUAUUGAGUGGUGGAGAGUCCUCGACGGCCAACGCGAAGUUGACGCGGACUCUCUCGAGGACGAGAACCGCGACCAGACCCAGGACGACGCGCAGGAAGCGGCUGAGGCUCCCAUGGACGUGGCCCCGAGCGACGAAAUGGCGAGGCUGACCAUUGGGUCCCCCUCCUUGUCUCCGCUUGCGGUGGCACGCGGCUUGCCGGUGGACAACUCGGACGUCGUGCCAACGUCUCCCGUGUCUGACUUGCCCGCCGUACCGCUGGCAAUCGCUCCCGUCACUCCCCCUCACGGGCGUCGCCGGAACACUCUUCAGUCCUCGUCUUCAUCGACAGAGUCGACUCCAGAGUCGUUCCGCUCCCACUCGCUGGUCUUACCAGACGUUUCCUUUGGGCCGCUGGCAUCCGGACAACCUGACCUGAUCCCUCUUCGUUUACCCAUGUACCCUCCCGCGGGUCUGAGGCCACCGCCCCUGUCCAGUGUACGGUCCUUUUCGUACAACGACCUGGACUGCGGCAGGUUCUCCGACGAAGGCCUGCAGUCUCCUACUUUCCCUGGUACGGGAGGGGCUGCAUUCGCUGACCCGCUCUUCUGAGUGGGGCAUGGGUAAACGUUGUCGGAUGCACGGGGUUUUGAGUGAAGAUUUGGUUCUUCAGUCAAAACGGACUGAUUGCGUCUUGUCCUGCAAUUGAAUCCACCAACCCACUAUGCAAGAGGAUGGGAAUGGAGCUUUGUUGCUCCUUAAAACGUAUGCAUAGUUGGCAUUCUCCCAAGGCUACCCCUACACAUCACCAUCUUAAACCAUCUACCAAUCUCGCUUGAUUUCUUUUUGUUCUCGCAAGCAUUCCUCCGCUACCCACAUCUACCACGGCUACAUCAGCUACCGCC